CUUCUUUUGCCACUCAUGAAGUCAAACCAUUCGAAUCCAUUGAGCUCAACGCAGAUCGUGCCCUCGUCCUUUACUAGAACAACGAAUCCUUGUCACUCAAGACCUUCAAACAUUGCCACCUCUUUUUUUUUUGAGUUUGACCAAGCAUCACCAUGCCAUCCCUUCGCUCCAACGCCUCUCUAUUGGGUCUUCUGCUGCUCCUGAAUGCCUUCUGGACCAUCUCUCUCGUGGACGCCAGUCCAGUGGCACUGCAACGUGACGCCAACCAGACUGAUCACGCCGUCGAUAUUGCAUCGAUCAAUGCUCGGUUCACACAGAAUGAGCACCUAGCUGAGAGAGUCAACCCUGCCGGUGACGCCUUGAACACAAUCCACUCUAUGACCAAGGCGAAGAGAGAUGGCACAGACAGCUCUGGCAGCUCUGGCACCGACGACGACAACGUCAUCAAGCCGUCUGUCAGUUACUCCUUACUCGGCAAGGUUUCUACCAUCAUCGAUCAUCUGCGGCACUGAGAAAUCUCUCCUUAGCCUGAAUCGAUGCGACGGGACGCCAAUUGGGGGCUGGGAGUACUUGCAAUGCAAUUUAAAGUCUACAUUGAAGUUUUGAUAGAGGCAUAUUAGUUUG